UAUUUAGGCCUAAAUAAUCUUUUUUUUCAGAACUAUGAGUAAAUGCAAGACUUUGAGUAGCCUAGUUCAGUUAAUAACACAGAUCCGGUAUGACCCUUUGACCUUUUGCAACUUUUAUUGGAUAGCUUAGUGCGGUUGGAUCAUUUCAUUGCAUUCAUAUUCCAUAGGCUACUCCAGUAGACGACUAGUUAUUGCGUAGUAGUUCCUACCUCUCUGGGAGGGGGCAGGCUAAUAAUGCAGAGACUUUUCAGGCGGCGGACAGGCUAUUGAAAUUAUAAGACGCGCAUGCAUGGAAUCAGCAGCCUUCCAAACGACACUGGGAGCGAUGGACUAGCCUACAACAACUAAAUGACCACCAUAAACGCCGAAUACUUCAUGAGGAUAAUUAAAUAUCAUGCUGGUGGCUUGUGUCGACUGGUCUCGCAGUGCAGGAUAGUGGUUCUGCUGGUGGUCCUCUGGUUGAGGAGCGCACUGUCUUCCGCGCUCAUCCCCGCUGGGUGCCCUGAGCGCUGCUUGUGCGAUGAACAACUCGUGGUCCAGUGUUCAGGACAGCGACUGUCUUCUUUUCCCACCAACUUGCCUCUGACCACUAGACAGCUAAUUAUUUCGAACAAUGACAUUCAUGAGCUGCCGGCAUUACAGCUGAAUUAUCUGUCCGAUUUGGUAUACUUGGACUGCAGCAGCAACUUCAUCACCGAAAUCUCGGAAUCCACCUUUGGGAAUCUUCGCAAACUCGUGUAUCUUGAUCUAUCGUACAACAUGUUCACGAAGAUAGAGGACCAGACAUUUGGCCCAUUGUCAAGUUUGGUGAUGCUUCGACUGACGGAUAACCCUUUGCUUUCAGAGAUUCAUCCGACAGCGUUUUCGGAGAAUUUUGGGCUUCAAGUGCUAGACCUCAGUCGAAAUAAUUUAACUGCGCUCAAUGCUACUUCGCUGAUGACUCUACCUGCCCUACGGCAACUCGGGUUGAGCGGAAACCCGUGGAACUGCGUUUGUGAAAUCGAGGACAUUUUAAUGUGGAUGCAAAUCGACACAUUUAGAUUCCAAGAUGAAGCUGAGACGGUGUGUGAGGGCCCCUCAAACCUGCGGGGCCUUCGUUUGGCAGAGCUGGGCCUCCACCUGCGUACGCAGUGCCACCCCGGCCUAGAACGCCAUGACUACCUGUUCUUCGUAGCCAUCGGAUUUGUCAUUUUUGCAGCUGGCACUGUCCUGGCCUGGCUAAUGGGAGCGGUGAUCGUGCUCUUCGACCGUCAUGGGAAGGAAGAUGAAGAGCUUGACUCGGCGCAAGACGACGUGAAAGAAGAAGACAAGGUCUGAAAAGAAAUUUUCAAAAAUCUGAAACUGAAAUAGGCCUACUGUACAUGACUCAAGCUAAUUUAUGACAUUCUGGCCCAGGACUGAAGUACAAAACACUGUGGCACUUGCCCUCUGUCACAUCUUGUGCCCAGGUCUCCUGAGCCACGUGCACCCAUUUCUAUGUCUGAUUACUAAGAUCACACUGUUAAGUCAGAACCUUGCACUGUUGCCAAAUCAAGGACAUGCACACAUUUCCAUUACAUUUUAACUUUUUUUUCUCUUGAGUGGAUCCUCAACUGAGGCAAGGCUGGCUUUUCUCUACGCCAGGCUAGCUGUUACUGUAAAUUCAAGUCUUAUGAUUAUUUUUUGAAGGAUAACAUGUGACCCCAACAAGCCAUGGAACUCUUUAUGGUCAUAAAAUGCACAUUUGUAUUUUUAAAUAAAGUGGGAUAAAGACACAUUGUUGUCAUUGUCAUUACAUGUGUUGCACUCAUUUUGACAGGCCUUUGAGCAUG